CGCGUUCUUGGUUGGCAUCGUCAGUUUCGCACAGAGCAUUACUGUUUUGACGCACUUACUGCAUGAAUUGUUGCAUGCACUUUUUUUCGCUUCAUCCACUGAGCGACUGAGAGAUAUGUUCCAUGGUCCUGAGGCGUGCCUGACAUUCGGAUAUUACGGACCUUAUUCUCCCCGGUGCACUGGCGGCAGGCGUUAGCAGGUGCGCGUCAAGAUCAGCGGCUGCGUGAGCUGCGAGGGUCCUGCAUCAGAACCGAGUCAAACACAUCCGAGCUGUGAGUGUGUCAUGCGGACUCGUGUGUUUUCCGUGAGAAGCUUCUAAAAUCCGUGGAAAGGAGCUGACACAUCAGCGGACAUGGGCUCUGCCAUGCGGCGCCGCUGGUUCAUGGUGCCCCUGCUGGUGCAGGCCUGGCUGUCGGCGCUGCCCCCCCCCACCGCGCUGGCCGAGCGGCCGUGCCCCAAGAGCUGCCGCUGCGACGGCAAGAUCGUCUACUGCGAGUCCAGCGCCUUCCGCGACGUGCCCAAGAACCUGUCCGGCGGCUGCCAGGGACUGUCGCUGCGCUACAACAGCUUGGCGGGCCUGCGCGCCGGCCAGUUCGUGGGCCUCAACCAGCUCAUCUGGCUGUACCUGGACCACAACUACAUCUCCGGCGUGGACGCCCGCGCGUUCCAGGGCAUCCGGCGCCUCAAGGAGCUGAUCCUGAGCUCCAACAAGAUCACCGUGCUGCACAACACCACGUUCCACCCGGUGCCCAACCUGCGCAACCUGGACCUGUCCUACAACAAGCUGCAGGCGCUGCAGCCGGGCCAGUUCCAGGGCCUGCGCAAGCUGCUGAGCCUGCACAUGCGCUCCAACUCGCUGAAGAACAUCCCCGUGCGGCUGUUCCAGGACUGCCGCAACCUGGAGUUCCUGGACCUGGGCUACAACCGGCUGCGCAGCAUCACGCGCAACGCCUUCUCCGGCCUGGCCAAGCUGACAGAGCUGCACCUGGAGCACAACCAGUUCUCCAAGAUCAACUUCUCGCUGUUCCCGCGCCUGUACAACCUGCGCGCCCUGUACCUGCAGUGGAACCGCAUCCGCUCCAUGAACCAGGCGCUGGGCUGGAAGUGGACGUCGCUGCAGCGCAUGGACCUGUCGGGCAACGAGCUGCUGGAGAUCGACCCCGAGGUGUACGAGUGGAUGCCCAGCCUGCACACGCUGAACCUGGACUCCAACAAGCUGACCAACGUCUCGCAGGAGGCCGUGGACAACUGGGCGUCCGUCACCAGCAUCGGGCUGGCGGGCAACAUGUGGGACUGCGGCCCCGCCGUCUGCCCCCUGGUGGCCUGGCUGAAGACGCUCAGCAAGAGCAGCAAGGAGGUGGCCAUGAUCUGCGCCUCGCCCAAGGAGCAGCAAGGGGAGAAGGUCGUGGAGGCCGUGGAGGCGCGCGGCGUGUGUAAGCUCCCCCCGCCGACCACCCCCACCGACUCUUCUGGCCUGCCGUCGGCGUUCCGCACCCCCGCCGAGACCGAGCCCCGUCCCUCGUACACCCCCUCGCUUACCUACGGCCAGGGGGGCCGGAAGAUCGGGGACUGGGGAGCUGCCGCUGGCGGCGCCGGCGUCACCCCCUGGUUCCCUCCGACCCGCUCCACGGCCGCGCCCGCCGACUCCGACCCCGACCCCGACCCGGAGCCCGUGUCCUUCCACAAGAUCGUGGCCGGCAGCGUGGCGCUGUUCCUGUCGGUGGCCAUGAUCCUGCUGGUCAUCUACGUGUCGUGGAAGCGCUACCCCAGCAGCGUCAAGCAGCUGCAAGAGAACUCGAACUCGGCGUCGGCGCGCAAGCGUCGGAAAAAGGCGCGCGAGACGGAGAGCACGCUCAGCUCGCCGCUGCAGGAGUACUAUGUGGACUACAAGCCCGCCGGCGCCGACACCACAGACGUCCUGGUCAACGGCACCGGGCCCUGCGCAUACUCCGUCUCCGGAUCCCGCGAGUGCGAGGUGCCUCACCAGAUGAGCACCCUGGCCUUCUACCGUUACGAGCAGCCCAUCGUGGACUACUGCCAGGCCCAUCAGCCCCUACGGCUGCACGUGGGCUACGAGGGCCCGUCCCAGUGCUCCCCCCAGGGCAUGGAGCCCCUCGAGCAGCUGACCGUGCCGCCCCCGUCCUCCUCCUCCUCCACGCGCGAGCGCAGCGCCAUCCAGGCCGUGGCCCUGCCCGCCAUCCCUCCCGGCAUGGGCACCACCAUGGGCACCACCUCCGCUCCUCCGCCCCCGCCGCCGACCAUCCGAACCGUCCCCGGAGAACCGCCAGGGGUGCGCUACCCCACCACCGAGAGGCCCACCUCCACCCUCACCUUUGGGCGCUAA